AUGGAUGGCUCUGUGACGGGUACAAAUGGGCAAAGUAAAGAGUCAGAGGCCAAAAACAACGCGAACAGCACAAGCGUCCGCAAGAUGACUGAAACGAAAGUCCCCGCGACGGAAAGUGAUUCAAAUAAUGGGGAUGGAUCAGUGAAUCAUUCAUCUUUCCCAUCAACAACCACUCAAAUCUCUUCUUCAUCGGGGAGAAGUCGACGAAAAGCCCCGCCCAAAAAAGUCAUCCUUGAUGAGGAAUUCUAUGAGAAUUCCCUCAAAAAAAUCAAA